AUGACUCUGCGGGCCUCGAAGCAGCAGAAGCAGCAGCAGCAGCAGCAGCAGCAGCAGAAGCAGAAGACAGGGGAGCACCGGCCCCAUCAGAAGCAGCGGCAAAUCAUCAGCAGAAGCAGCAGCAGCAACAACAACAACAGCAGCAGCAGCAGCAGCAGCAGCAGCAGCAGCAGCAGCAGCAGCACCUUUCGCAGCAAGUCCUUUGAGUCGGCUAAAAACAACAAGGCAGCAGCAGCAGCAACAGCAACAGCAGCAGCAGCAGCAGCAGCAGCAGCAACAGCAACAGCAGCAGUAACGGCAACAUCAGCAGCAACAGCAACAGCAACACUAGCAACAUCAGCAGCAUCUCCAGCCCCAUCAGAAGCAGCGGCAAAUCAUCAGCAGAAGCAGCAGCAGCAGCAACAGCAGCAACAGCAGCAGCAGCAGCAGCAGCAGCAGCAGCAGCAGCACCUUUCGCAGCAAGUCCUUUGA